UUCUACUUACUGAAAUUACACUUGCACGGUUCUCUCAUUAGUGAGUAUCUUACUGCUACCCUCAAAUUUUUCUUACACUACUCAAUUAAACAGUAGGAGAUUGAACACUCUGCUUAAGUGAAAGGUGAGAGUUACAUGCAGAUGAAUUUGGCUCCAGAUUCCAAAUUGUCAGGAGAUCUGUUUCUUGAGGAAAGUAAUGAAAAUGUAGUGGAGGAAGAAGAUUCCCCUGAGGAAUUACCUUCUGGAGGUGUGCGAAUUUUUGUCGAUUCUACCAGAGGUAUUACAUCUCUUAGAUUGAAUGCAAGGGGUAGCAAUGAAGAAGAUGUUUAUUCAAAAUAUCAGGCUGACAACAUCCAAACUGAUCCAAGCUUGCACAUUUUGGUUGUGGUUGGCUUACCUUCCCCUGUUUUGUCAACCCCAUUGAAGCAGAAUCCUAAUAAAAGGCGUAACGUUGCUGUAGACAAGCCAGAGCAAAGUCCCAAGUUGAAAAAGCAUAGACCUCAGGUACUACAUGAAGACUACACUCCAGAAGUAUGUACCCCGGAGCCAAUUGCAAGGAGGAAUUGUGAUAGCAAGAAAAGCUCAAAACCAAGGUCCAAAUAUUCAAAUGCUUUUGGGAUAGGACAAGCUGCUAAUAAAUCAUGUAAGCGAGCUUUAAAUUUUGACUUGGAAAACGAAGAUAGAUGCAAAAUAUUGGAGGAUAACAACAAUCAAUGUCUAGAAAUAGACUUGGAGGAAAAAUGGGAAAAACAACCUGAUAUAAAGUAUCAGAGAAGGAAAAAAAGAAUGGGGAAUAUUCCCAUAAACAUGAAAACUAGUGAGUCUGCUAUAAGCACCGAAAUGGAUUGUUCAGCCGAGAUGAAUGCAAGUGUUCCAUUAAGAAAAGGUGUAGUAUGUGAUUUCAUCAAACCCGAGAUUGGUAUACAGAGGGUUUCCUCUAGGUUGAGAGCGAUAAUAAUGAAAGAUAUUGGUUGCGAGCACCUUAUUUUCCAAGUUUAUAGUAGGAAAACAAAAGUAAACCAGUGCUUGAAACAUACCAAUAUAAAUAUGCACAAGAAAGAGAAGAUGAGGAGACAGAGAGUAAGAGUUAGCAGAUCUUGGCUAAAAACUGUAGAAGUUUGGCAGAGAAAACGCAAUGGCAAAGAAGUUGUCAAGAAGAGACACAGAAAUUUACAACCUUGGCAAUUAUUUAUGCCUUAUUGUAAGCGGUUUUCUCUUAAACUUUGCAUAUUCAAUAUGUGUUCUUUUCCAGGCACUAAUUUCUGUGUAUUUAAUGCAGAUUUCGUAGAUGUUGUCAUCAUCCAGCUUGAGUCUCUUACUAUAAGUGAAAAUUAUCGGCAUGAUAUGCUGCAAAAUGAAAAUGUUCAAAGCUCGAUUGUUUUAUGCAAAGAAACAUUUGAUGUUGUCAAGAAACAUAAAUUACAAGCGUUAGUUGAUAUUGAUGAGGAAUCAGAGAGAGUUUAUAAUAUGCUGAUGUCUAAUGUUGGAAAUAACUAUGAUGAAGAAGCAGAAGCAAGCCCUGAAAAGAAGGAAUAUUGGGCCACACAAAGAGAACUAACCAGAGAGAGAGUGGAGACACUCACAUCUACCCUUCGUGAUAUCCAAGGUGAUAGAAGUUUUUCACAAUGGAAGGGUUCAGUGCUGGAUUCUGUUGUGGGGGCUUAUCUAACUCAGAAUGUCACUGACCAUGCUUCAAGUUCUGCUUUCAUGUCCUUAGCUGCACGAUAUCCUGCACAAAACUUCCACGGAGAGAGUAAAUAUAUCGAACAAACAGUAAAUGAUCCUUCUGGAGGAAAAGAUCAAGCAUCAGCUGGCGGUUGUAGUUUGCAACAAGUCAGAACAUGUGAACAUACAAGUAUUCAAAGUAAUUUUAAGUCCGAAAGCGCACCUUUAGAAGAUAAAGCCAAGGGUGAGCAGAAGGAAGGAAAUAACAAAAUCUGGGAUAACUUGAGAAAGAACUACAGUACUGGAAGAGGGAGAGAUAAAAAAGCCACAGAUGCGUUAGAUUGGGAGGCUGUUAGGAAAGCAGAUGUUGUGGAGGUCGCGGGUACAAUUGAAGAACGUGGAAUGAACAAUGUGCUUGCAAAAAAAAUAAAGGAAUUUCUUGAUAGAAUAGUUGAAGACCAUGGAAGCUUAGAUCUUGAGUGGCUGAGGGAUGUUCCGCCACAGGAUACAAAGGACUUCUUGAUGAGCAUCUAUGGUAUAGGAUUAAAGAGUACGGAAUGCAUUCGACUUUUGACACUUCGCCAUGUUGCCUUUCCAGUUGACACGAAUGUUGGUCGAGUAGCAGUUCGAUUAGGAUGGGUCCCUCUGAAACCACUCCCAGAAGGACUUCAACUGCAUCUUCUAGAAACGUACCCUCCGGUGAAUAGCAUUCAGACAUAUCUAUAUCCUCGACUGUGCAACCUUGAUCAACAAACAUUGUAUGAAUUGCACUAUCAUCUAAUAACAUUUGGUAAGGUAUGCUCUCAUGUAUUUGCGAUUAUUUGCCGUUAG